ACAAAUGUUCCCCGACAACAUUGUGGAGGCCUGCUUUAGUAAGAAACUCACUGAACUCAAAGAGGUGAAGCGCGGCAAUUUAUCACAAGCUGAAAUUAACGAGACACUUUUGAAUAAUAAAACUAUCGAACCAUUAUAUGAACCAGUGGUCACAAAGGCCAGCGGCAUCAAUAUGCUCGGACUGGUCACUUUUUCCAUCGCCAUGGGGAUUGCCAUUAACAAACUGGGCCUCAAAGGGAAACCACUCAAGGACUUCGUGGAAUCGCUGUGUGAGGCAACACUACUUCUGGUCUCUGCAGUGAUCUGGUACUCACCAAUUGGAGUUAUGUUUCUGGUAGCAGCUCAAGUGGUGGCCAUGGACGACCCGGUUCAAGCCUUUGAGCAACUGGGAUUUUAUUUUCUCACGGUCAUGGCCGGCCUUGCCAUUCAUGGUUUCAUCGUUCUUCCCCUGCUGUACUUUAUUUUAGUCAGGAAGAAUCCAUACAGAUUUAUAUUCGGAAUGUUGCAAGCUUUGGUUACGGCUAUUGGCACGUCUUCCAGUUCUGCAACAUUACCAGUUACCAUGAAGAACCUCGAGGAAAACAACGGAAUAGACCCACGUAUCACAGCAUUCGUGGCUCCCGUUGGAGCCACAAUCAACAUGGAUGGCACUGCGCUCUAUGAAGCCGUUGCUGUCAUUUUUAUUGGACAGAUACGAGGUUUUGACAUGGACGUUGGUAGCGUUAUUACCAUCUGUAUUACUGCAACAGCGGCGGCCAUUGGUGCUGCGGGAGUUCCCCAAGCAGGAUUGGUUACCAUGGUGAUAGUAUUGACGUCAGUAGGAUUUCCUGUAGACGACGUGGCAAUGAUCCUGGCUGUUGAUUGGCUCUUGGAUCGGUUCAGAACGAUGAUCAAUGUUCUUGGUGACGCAAUCGGGGCGGGAAUCGUUCAGCACUUUUCCAUGGCCGAUCUCAGGAGGAUGGAUGCAGAAGAUAGUCUGUUACAGAACAAAUUAUCGGAAGUUGAUUCCAAGAAUGCCGGGAAAGAAAUAUUUGCAGACGACAAGGGAAGCAAGAUUAAUGGAGGCAUCGAUAACCCUGGUUUUAGUUCAAGACUGUAA